AUGGAUGUAAUCGAUUUCAAGUCGCUGUUAUUUAGCGCCGGUAUUAUGAAGUCUGCGUAUCGUGAUGGAUUAUUCGAAAUCUAUGACAGAACAUCGGAAGAGAUCGCCGCGUAUCAAUUAAACGCGAUCCAUUUGUUGCAGGCAGCGUUCUCGGAAACAAUGAUCGCUACGCAGAUUCUCUGCGGAGCAAUCAAUUACAAACAUAGGGGAACAGGCAUUUUUACGGGCAAAAAGAAAUCUCAGGGAAUCUUGAUGAAUCGUGAAGGCGUGCUUCUGUUACACGCGAUUUGCCGGAUGUUUCGCGAGCGUCACGACGACAAUGAGGAGGCUGCGAGAAAGCGAUGGCCGCGGUGCGACGUCUGGCAAGGAAGUCUGCGCGGAGGGCGACCGGGAGGCAGCUGUGCCGCGAAGUCGCGCAAUCCCGAGAGAGGAAGAGGACAGAGAAGAAAAGGAGAGAUGAACAAAGUGUGUAAAUGGAUGCUGAACAGAGACAGUGUUGAGAUUGGCAGUGCCGUCUUGCAGAGCGGUCGACAGAAGACAAGAAGUCUACGGUUUCCGCCACUCGAGCGUUCGGUUAACCUACAAGUGCGAGAGAAUCGGAUGUGA